AAAAAAACUAUCAGUGACCUAAGUAAUAGAAUAACGCAGCUGGAAAAACACUACCAAAGCCUCUCAACCGUUCAAACACAAAUAACGGCGCUAGAGACCAGUGCAGGCACUACAGCUCGUCACAUUCAAACCUUGGAGGCCAGGUUCGACGAUGCGGAAAACCGCUCGCGACGGAACAACCUAAUAUUCUAUGGUCUCCCAGAUACUAACCACUCUGAAACUUUCUCCGAGUCCGAAGAACUAAUUGUGAGCCUCUGCAGCAAACACUUAAACAUUAAAAUUGACACGAAAGAAGCUGAAAGGGCACACCGGCUCGGUCGUCACAAGCCUGGCCAGCACCGCCCGGUCAUUGUAAAAUUCACAUCGUUUAAAACUAAAGAAACGAUUCUUUCUAACGGCAAAAAACUGAAAGGUACAACUUACGCAAUAGGUCAGGAUUUCUCUCGUUCCGUCCAAAAUGCACGGAAACACCUCAUUGCCUUCGCUAGGAGCAAAUCCGUCGCUUUUUCAUGCCCCUGCAAAACGUUGUUUCUUGGCUCCAAGCGGUACGUCUUCGAUGAAAUGUCACAGUCUAUCAAAGAAAUGGCGUAGCAAUCCCAAAAGCAACGCCAACCGUCACACCGCCCAUGCAAUCGAUUACGACCAAAU